ACUAAUAAAACUAUCGGACUUCAAUUCUAUUCUGAUCUGAGCACGAUUUGACCUUGCAUUUCUUCAUUCAUCUAUCCAUGAACCCAGAAAUCAAGAUUGAAGUUUCAUAUGCUCGGAUUCAUGUCCUUCCUUCGAGUUUUGAAGCUUCUAAUCAUACUCAGAUGCAUCAACACUGUUCAUGUAGGAUGCUUGAAUUUUUCUUACCCUUCAUUUAGCGUUCGACAUUACCGUGAUUUUAGUUUUAGUGAUUCCUCUUUCAUCUCCCACAAUGCCAUUCAAGUCACUCCUGAUGAUUCCAGAGAAAGUGCUAUGCGGAACGUAUCAGGGAGGGUCCUAUACAAUCAAAGAUUGAAACUAUGGGAUGGACCAAGAGGCACAAAGUCCUCAUUCAAUUCCACAUUCGUGUUCAACAUAGAUCCAGUGACCUCACCAGGCGGCGAGGGGUUAGCCUUCAUAUUAACAGAGGACAGCUCUCUCCCCAAUAACAGCUACGGUAAAUGGCUCGGAAUAGUGAAUUCAACUACAGUCAGUCUACUGAACAUUGUUGCCAUAGAAUUCGAUACCAAAAAGAGUGAUUCUGAAGAUAUUGACGAUAAUCAUGUUGGGGUCAAUAUCAACAGCAUCUCCUCAAUCAACCAGGAACCCUUAAUUAAUCAUGGCGUCAAAUCUUUCCACCGAACAGGGGAAGCAGGUGAAGGGAAUUUCGACAAGCCGGUGUUGAAUGUUCAUCUUGAUCUCUCUACAAAACUUCCAGCCGAUGUUUGGGUGGGGUUUUCGGUUUCAACCGGAGAGAAUAUAGAGUUGAAUUAUGUUAAAUCCUGGACUUUCACCAGUUUGGAGAUCAGAGUCAAAAAUUCGAUCAACCUCCUCUGGCUUUGGAUUUUGAUUCCAGUUCUUGUUUUGGUAAUUCUGUUUUCAUGGUGUUUCUAUUUCUUUUACUGGAAGCGGAGAAACAGAAAGAAACAAAUGGAAGAAGAUGAAUUGGAGGUUGAACAAGAAAUUCAGAGUUUAUCAACUGCGCCGCAGAAAUUUCGAUUGCAGGAACUCAAAGAUGCCACCAGAGAUUUCAACGUUGCCUACAAGUUGGGGAAAGGAGGAUUCGGGAUGGUGUAUAAAGGCAUCCUGAAUAAUAGAGAGGUGGCUGUAAAAAGAAUUCUGAAGAACACCCGCCAUGGAAAGCAGGAUUUCCUUGCGGAAGUGACAACCAUAAGCAAUCUUCAUCACAGAAACCUUGUAAAACUCUUCGGAUGGUACUAUGAAAGCAAUGAACUCCUCCUGGUUUAUGAAAUCAUGCCUAAUGGGAGUCUAGAUAAGUUCAUUUUCCAAGAGGCUGAUACAAUCUUGAGCUGGGAAAGAAGGCAUGGCAUCAUCUGCGGUGUGGCUCGGGCGUUGGAUUACCUCCAUUACGGUUGUGAGAGAAGGGUUCUUCAUCGAGAUGUGAAGCCAAGCAACAUAAUGUUGGAUUCUGAGUUCAAUGCUCGGUUGGGGGAUUUUGGUUUGGCCAGGACGAUUCAGGUGAGUGAAAAAACACACCAUUCCACCAAGGAGAUCGCCGGAACUCCAAGGUACAUGGCCCCAGAAAUCUUCCAUACCAGGAAGGCCACGGUGGAAACAGACGUUUAUGCAUUUGGUGUUUUGAUUCUGGAAGUUGUUUGUGGGAGAAAACCCGAUAAUGAACACGGUAUUGUGGAUUGGGUUUGGGAAAAUUACGGGAUGGAGAGGAUUGGGGAUGUUGUAGAUGUGAGAUUGAAUGGGGAAUUCAAGAAGGAUGAAGCAGAGUGCAUAGUGAUGUUGGGGUUAGCAUGUUGCCAUCCGAAUCCGUACGAAAGGCCAUUAAUGAGCACUGCUUUGCAGGUUCUUACAGGGGAAGCUACUGCUCCGGUUGUGCCAAAGGAGAAACCGGCUUUCAUGUGGCCGGCCAUGCCUCCUCCAAUCAGACAGGAGUUGGAUGCAUCAAUUAGCGGCGGGAAACUCACCAUCACCUUAGACCUAAAUGGUCGAUAAUUUGUUUUCCAAAUAUUCAAAGCAAAUCUUUUCUUUGAUUAGAGUUUGAUUGUCAAUUUCUGGAACACAACCUUUUUAAUGAUCAAUAGCCUGCUUGUUUUUGGUUCAGACGGUCAGAGUAAUAGCCUGUCUGUUUAUGAAGGGGAAAGCACUCAGCAAUUAGUUGUAGUUGUGAGUUGAAAUCCGUAGUAUAUGUCAUUUUCAUGUUUCUUUCCAUACAUUUUCCUGGGAACCAAACAUGUUAA